ACAAUUUCCACCCAAACACCACGUCAUUGAAACAUGGGCGACAAUCCCAGCUGUCGUCUUGCUGAUGGAGCCGCUUUUAGUCAGAACGCAAAUGCUUCCGUACACAACAAGCAAAUACAGUGGAGCACAAAAUAAUACAGAAUUCGAGCCAUCAUGUGGUCGAAAACUUUGGUGCUGCUUUUGGCUCUGAGUGGGGUGUCUUCCUUCUCAACCAACGCGGUUACCAGCAGACGAACUUCUGUAUACCUUCACGAAUCGAGCGCGGAUGUGGUAGCGGGGCCGGAAACCAAGGUCGACAUGACCGCAUCCAUAGUGAUGCCUCAAUCCUACUCGGAAAUGGUCCGUCAAGUGUCAUCCGCAAUGAGAGACGCCUUUGAGCAAAAGAUUGAACGACAAAUUGUCCGAGUGCUGCUGCCUCGCACAACGUCCAGUGAAGAGUUGGGCGUCCUGAGCGAGGGAAUUCUUGAUGUCGAUUCGCAGGAUAUCGUGUUGGUCCCACCCGAUGAAUCUUGGCAAGGAGGUAUCAUGCAACUCUACUAUUCGGCUGCCCCCACAUGCAAGGACGCUCUGCGACUGUUCACAAAGACUGAGAGUGGAGUGUCUCCUCGUAUCGAAGAAGAUCGCAGUGUAGACGAAUCUGGAGUGGAUGGAGUUGGUCUGCUCAAAGCAGAGCUCGGAGAUGACAAAGCCAACGUUUUCAUUCAACCCAGCCAAGAAACCAUUGACGAUUAUGUUGACGAGGUGGUGGCCCAGGGAGGUCUCACGCUUCUUUUCAAUCCACAGUGGCGACUCACUGAUGAUGUAUUCGACAAGGCAUCCAAGGAUGAUAGCUUCUUUGGACAAGUUGCCUCCUUUUUGGGUGGAAAAGGCAACACUCUGAAACGUUUGGAUGACAUGAACUUUGAAAGUGUCUACAACUUUGAAGGAUAUGUCUGUCGAGGAUACAAUGUUCGCUUGGUCAAGCGUUUUGACUCUGACUACGUUGUCUUCUGUGAAAACAAGAGCUCCUAUGACAGGGUUGGAACCAAACCAGUCAGACCCACUUACCAGGAGGUGGACGAAAUGCUCACUGAGAAGGGCUAUGGAUACAAAUACGCAGACAACAUGGGCCUGUAGAUAGAAUGAUUCAAUCAACGAUCAAUUCACAAAAUAUAUUGCAA